AUGAGGAUGCCAAUUGCAGAGCCGUCCUGUUUAAAAAGAAGGCGAAGAACGAGACCUUCAAGACUCUUGAAUGGAGCUUCAGUGCUGUGCUUGUUCGCAGGUCUCUGUUUGCCAUGGUCAAGGCCAUUGUCAGUUCUUGGCUUUGACUUGAACUUGAAUGUGGAUGUGGAUGGGACUUCGACCUCGCAUGGGUCUAGUAAUACCCCUGGCCCAGGUGGUCCCCACCAGGGAAGUUACUUUCUGAUUCAUGGUGGUCAUCGUCCUGAAGCGCUCAAUCCUUCCAAAUUGGACGCUGCCUUUAGUACCAACUUUUCCAGAAAAGCCAUUGGAUCAGAUAAGGAUGGAUAUUUCGACUUUGGACUUGGACCACGAAACGGGACUACUGGACAGUUGCUUUUCCAUGAAAAUGAAUCUGGGAAUGCCAGUAAAGCCAGCGGUGGCGCCAACCAGGAUGCAAAUCAAUUCAAAGACGGAGAAGGAGCAAGUGGAAGCAACUCUUCCCGAAAGGCAAUUGGAAGCAAUGCCAAUGGGCUGUCCUACGAUCCAGCUAACCAGGAUCUGUCUGAUCCCAAUGCCAAUCUAUUCCAAGCCGGAGAAGGAGCGAGCGGAAGCAACUCUUCCCGAAAGGCAAUCGGCAGCAAUGCCAAUGGGCUGUCCUACGAUCCAGCCAACCAGGAUCUGUCCGAUCCCAAUGCCAAUCUUUUCCAAGAUGGAGAAGGAGCAAGCGGAAGCAACUCUUCCAAAGGAGACCAUGAUGUCCCAGAGAACGCUACAACGUCAGGGGAUGCUAAAAAGCCCGUCAUAAAUUCCAGCUUUCCAAACAAAGGAGUUCCACCAGCACCACUACCCAAGCCCAAACCUAAUGUCACCACCGCAACGGAAACGGAGCCACCUAUUCCAGAUGAGGAUACUCCUGCCAUUGGAUGGGACGACGAAGAUAAGACCAACAAGAAAAGCCCCAUCAACCCUCCAGGAACUUCCCUUCUCCACGGAAUGGGACACAUGUCCACUCACCAAAACACCCCAAGCAGUGUUACCAAGCCAGGAGGAAACAGCGUCGCUGCCAAUGUCCCGCUCAAUAUUGGAACCGGUAGUGACAUGUUCGAUUUCAGCUUUUACAAUCCUUUUGAAGUCAAGAUUGUCGGAGGAGACAUUGUCAGCAAGCAAAAGGCCAAGAGCAAGUACCCUUUCUAUGCUCUGUGGCAAGAUGCCAAUUGUGGUGGCAGUGUUGUUCACGAUGAUAUCAUUCUGACGGCGGCUCAUUGUGGCUUUGAAGAGCUGGACAAAGUCAAACAGCAAAAGACAUUCUACUUAUUGACCACCAAGCACGGGCAAGGCAUGAAACGCGAGCUUGUCGACACACGGUUGCACGAAGAAUACGGGGCAGAGUAUGGAAAUGAAAACGACUUGCGCAUUGUGCGCAUCAGAGAAUCGGCACUGGUCGAACCCUUUACGGACAAACCCACGGGGGUGGAACUCGUCGAGCUCAAUAGAGAUAGAAGAGUUCCUGAGGAUGGGUCCGAUCUCGAAAUUGUCGGAUUUGGGUUGACCGAGGAGGAUGGAACCGCCAUGUCAAAGGACUUGUACGAUGUCACUGUACAGAAAGUGCCUUGGGAGACCUGCAACGAUCAGUACGGUGAUGAUGUCAUCAUUGACAAGCUCAUGAUUUGCGCCGGAGCGGAAGGUGGUGGCAAAGAUGCUUGUCAGGGUGACAGCGGCGGUCCAGUACUCGAUAAGAAAUCGCAAAAGCAGGUUGCUGUUGUUUCAUUUGGCAAUGGCUGCGCUAAGGCGGAUUUUGCGGGAGUCAACGUUCGUCUUAGUUCUGCUCUUGGCUGGAUUGAUGAGUCUAUUUGCUGGCUGAGUCGGACCCCACCGGCAACGUGCCAUCCUUACAUUGCCAAGUGGGGGGAUUGCAUCGGAACCCUGAUUGCCGCUGACAUUGUCCUAACCGCGGGCAAUUGUGGGCAUUGGGAGACAGAUCCACUCGUAAACAAGCAAGUCUCGUUCCCAGCUAACCCCAACAUCAAACGGAAUGUCGUCGAAAGAGCGGUGCCUCCAGAGUUCAACUACUACACCAAGGACGCCGACGUACAGCUUUUGAAACUGGAAACGAGUGCCCUCGUCGACGGCAAGCGGAGACGAGAUACCGGCCUUUUCGUGGCGCCCCUUCGACGAAAUACAAAUACACCGCCGUUCGGGCUUUUCGAAGUCAGUACGCUGAAUAAUGCAAGGGUCAACGAUGAUGGUAUCUCGAACUUGCAGCAGAUUUCAUUGGAGUCUGUCACUGGUAGUGCCUGUCCUGUCCCCAAUGCUGUCGGCGACGACAAGAUGUGCACGGUUGUGGCCCCGGAUGGAGACAACCCCCAAGCACAAACAUGCAAAUCUCUCCCCGGUUCUCCCGUUCUGGACGACGACUGGAAUGUUGUGGCCGUCAACAGUUUCGGCAAGACCUGUGAUAAUCCAUCUCUUGGAGGCGCCAGUACCAAGAUCUCGUCGGUAGGGACUUGGAUCGAUGCCAAGAUCUGCGAAUGGACCGACUACAGGAAGCCAAGUGAGGUACUCUGCAAGAGAUCCGCGAUGAAAACCUCUUUCGAACAGAACGGACCGGGUGCCUUCGUCGUUACUGUGAAGCAUGACAAGUUCCCUGAAGACGUGUCUUGGCGUCUGCUUCAUGAAGCAAGUAGUACUGAGUUGUAUUUCCAGGCCUACGACAAGGCUGACGAAGCAUAUGUGACUGUCACCGAGCGUUUCGAGCACUUACCUGCGGGAACCUAUCGCUUGGACAUUAGCGAUAAAGCAAGCACAGGUUUGUGUUGUGACUACGGAUACGAAUCCAUCUCGAUCAAUAACAUGGCAGGAGAGAGUAUUUGGAAGCACAAUAAUGGCGCCGGCGAGUAUCACGCAGUGGAAGUGCAUGUCGAUGCAGAUGGUGCCGUGUCCGUCUCUGAUGACUUGGACACAUAUAUUACUCCAGGAGCCAUCACAACGCAAGGAAAUAUGCGACUGUACACUCGUGAUCCCGAGACUUUCGAUACUCUCUGGCCGGGUCUAUACCCCGAUACGAUGAGCAAAUUGGUAGUCAAUGUCAAGCUCGACAUGUUUCCGGAUGUAGGUUCAGCUGGCGCAUGCAACCUAUCCUUGUCCCUGACCUCUAGCAACUCUAAACCUCACGCUGUCUCCCACCAUCAUCAAACGUCGCAGGAAACAAGCUGGGACUUGGCAUUGAUAGACGGCGAUUCCGAAACGAGCAUGCUGUCGAUGAAGGGCGGAAUUGCGGGCGAGGUUUCAUCCAACCCGGUCGACUUGGUACCAGGUGGCGUGUACGGCUUCUACGUUCGCGACGCAGGUGGUGAGUGGUUUUGCAUGUUUGGCCUAGCCUGA